UGUAUAUGUAAAAGCUUACAUAUCACAAUGGUUUCUACUCCGAAAAGGCGAAUCAGAAACCCUAAAUACUCAUCCCCUUCUUCUCUUCCUCCUUCUCCCAUGCGAGUUUUAUCUUCAAUUGAACCGCCACCAAGCUUGCUACCGACCAAGACGGAGAUAUUUAAGCUCGUCGCCGUCGUAUCUAUCGCCGUCUCUGUUGCAGUAGCCUGCAACCUUGUCAUCAAGUUUUUCAAUCGUCAGCCAAAGCCGUUUUGCGAUACUGAUUCGGAAUCGGAUUAUUAUCUUUCUGAGGUUUGUGAUCCUUGUCCAAGCCAUGGCAUAUGUUAUGAAGGCAAAUUGGAAUGCUCAAGUGGUUAUACAAGACAUGGGAGAUCAUGUCUAGAAGAUGGAAGUAUAAAUGAAAUGGCUAAGAAUCUCGCAAAAAUGGUAGAAUCUCAUGUCUGUGAAUCAUAUUCUGAGUACCUGUGCAAAGGAAUCAACAAAGUCUGGUUUCGUUGGGAUGAGUUGUGGAAUAAUAUGGACAAAGUGAAGCUGCUGGCAGAGGAUUUUGGAAAGGGCAAUGCCACCUAUCUGUUUGCAAAGAACAGAGCAAUGGAUAUUGUUGAUAAUUUGUUGGAGAUGAGAGAUAGUAACAUUGGAAUUAAGGAGUUUAAGUGUCCGGAGUUGCUAGUGGAACACUAUAAGCCCCUAAGCUGCUCUGUUCGACUAUGGCUUUUGGAGCAUGCUUUGUUCCUAAUACCAUUUUGUGUAUUGCUCGUAGGGUGUGUACGGAUGCUGUUAAGAGUUUGCCACAGACAUUACUUGUCAGUUAGGGCUGAAGAGAUUUACGAACAGGUGUGUGACACACUUGAAGAGGCUGCUUUAGUUUCAAGGAGCAUAAAUGGUGAAGGAGAAGGUGAACCAUGGAUAGUUGCUUCAUGGUUAAGAGAUAAUGUCCUUACACCCAAAGAAAGAAGGAAUCCCAUGUUAUGGAAAAAGGUUGAGGAAUUGGUUCAAGAAGAUUCUCGUUUAGACCGGUAUCCAAAAAUGUUAAAGGGUGAACCUAAGGUUGUGUGGGAAUGGCAAGUUGAAGGAUCUUCUAUGAGAUCUUCUGGCAAGAAGAAGAAGGGUGAAGUAAAGAAGCAAAAGUCAAGUGACAUGGGUUCUAAUCAAGAUCAAAGUUUGAAGCCUAUGGAGCCUUUGAAGUGGUGAAUCUUGUAACAUGAUAAUAUACUACUUUAUACAUUUAUUGUAGAUUGUACUUAAGCUCGAAACUGUCUUGCAGUUAUAUGUAUAUGACAGUUUCUACUUAUACAAACCCAUCGAUAACACUUUACAUACAGAUUGUUUUGCAUUUCUGUUCAUUUAAGUAGAAUUCCAUUUUUGGAACAACAAAAAAACAAUUAUAAUGGCAUGAUAAGUACAAACAGUUAUACA